GUCCGUCCGUAUUCCCAUGCAGAAUUAUUGCGCCACCUUACGCGGCGUGCUCUGCUCGUGCCACGUCGCUUGAUUCAAUCCUCCCUCGCCUAUAUAAAGGCCUCCAACCUCAUUCAUUCCUUCACUUCUUCUCGCGUGUCUCCCGAGUUUCACCGGUCAGCAUCCUCUCUCUUGCCUUCCAGCCCUCCGAGUCAAGUAAGCUUCCUUCUUUCUUCCUUAGUUUUUUUCUUCUAUUCUUCGCUUUUCCCUCUGGUCCAUGUCUUCUUAUGAUAGUCAAGAUAUUUCUACCUCGGAUGCCCGCGCAUCCGAGGAAUCCCCGUCCUCUUCUUCGUCGACCGGGUCAUCUUCACCCGUUCCUAGACCCCGGUCGAUUCCAAACCCCAAUAUCCCUGAGCCGCAGCCUGUAAACCAGAUGCCCGGUGAAGUUUUUGCGGAGAGGGAGGAGCUGGUUAGCGACGAACCGGCCCCCUAUGACCCAGAUAAUGAGACCCGGGACCAGUGGGUGGAGAGGUUGGAAGUAGCCGGUUACUCUCCCCUCCCUUCUAGCUAUCCCUCCGAGAUCUUCCCCCGGAUUUCCAAGAUAGCCCAAAACAAAGCCCGUCAGAAUCUCCCGGAGGGUUAUGUCCUUGAAGGCCGCAAUGGUCGCCAAUUUAUCUCCGACCUUCCACAAAGCAACCGGCAGUGGAAGGAGAAAUUUGUUUUCAUAAGAUUCCCCACUGAUUCUCCUUUGGCCGGUAUACGAUGGAAUGACCACAUCUUGAAGCCGGAAAAUACUGAGCCGGCUACAGCUCCUGACUUGGAGGAGAGUUUGGGGAAGCUUCUUCAGGGGGACCCCUUCACCAGGCAGAUGUUCCACUAUGGGGCAUGGAUCUGGAGGAUCCAACUGGGUGGUAAGGGUACCCCUCGGGCCCAUGACGCAGCGGGGCACGGGGUACCCACCCCGAGCAACACUGCUGAGGCUGGGGGCCCAGGCCACCCAGACAUGAAUUUCAGGGCGUUCAACAUGCCGAAGAAAACCGGUAGCUCUUCCUCUGCUACCGCAAAAAACAAGCCGGUGCAACCGGAGACGGUUGUGAUCCAUGACGAGGAGGAAGACCCUCAGACCGAGGGAAUAGACCAAUCAGGGAAUGCAGCGGUGAACCCUUCCCCCAACAAGGGAAAAGGAAAGAAGAGGGUGAAGCAUGCAGCCACCACCCACCCAUCCUCCAAGAAGAGAAGAGGGGAGCAUUCCCCGGUCAACGAAUCAAUGGAAGAGCUAUGGGUCAAGAUGACCCUCAAGCUGAGAGAGGAAAAAAAAGAGAAUAGAACCGGCGACUUCUUCUUCACCACAGCGACCAUCUCACGCUCCAACGUCUCUCCUUGAAAUUUGCUCCUCAUUUACACUCCAACGGGAAAAAUCUUUCGGCUAUAAAUUGCGCCAUCGCUCAACAAGGAAAUGGGGGGAUCACUGAGAAUAAAGCAGCGGCUCUAGCCGCUGCUAUCUACGCAGCUCCGAUGGCGAUGGGCGGUGGAGGAGGCGACAACCAGCGGCGGCGACGGUUGUUUAAGCACAAAAACAAUUUUUAAGUUUUUGAAAAUAUGUAAUGUUCUUUUAUGUGAAUAGAUUACAAUUCUUAUGCUUGAGUAGUUCAAGGAGACCUGCAAAAUAUUUUCAUCAUUAGACGUUAAAGUUUAUUAAAGUGUAUCAAAUGUUCUUCAUGAAUACUUUGUGCUUGGGAGUUAGAAUGAAAGAAAGAUUCGCUCUUUUAUAAACUUUUUCAUCUUUUGGAAUCAUUAUUUGAGCGCUUGAGGUGAGUGGGGGUUCAAAGUAACCAAAAGGCCUUUGAAUCUUUGACUCCGGGCCUUAUAGAGAGUUGACGAUCCUCUAUAUGUGGUCAAGGAUAUGAAUCAACUCGAGCCUUUGAAUUCUUUUCUAUUUUUAAGUGCGUAAGUUACGUAAUAUAUUGUCUACGUGCCU